AUGCCGCCUGGAGUAUCGCCCCAGCGCCCCGCUGUGUUGGACGAUAUGGAGAGCUCGCGUCCGACUUCUCUUUCCUCUCGCACAGAUCCUUCCUCGGAAUCGUUCUCUUUCAGGUAUCCGUCUCCCUCUGCUCUGUUUGAUCCCGGAAAAGGAGGCGAAGCGUCGUACGCACCGUGUUCUUCCCUGUUUUCCUUUUCUUCGAAUGCUCGCUGCUUGGUCAAAACCCGAGACACAAUCGAUUUUGAUUCUUUGUCUCAUCCAUCGCACUUGUCUUCUUUCACCAUCCCGUCUUCGUCGUUAUCGCGUUCGUACUCGCUUGACUCCACCCAGAGAAAAGCGGACCAGGACAGUCCGACUCACGCUCCGCACUCGCUCCUUCACACAGACAUCUUUUCUCCCCUGGCAUCGCUUUUCUCACGCCGCUCUGGCUGCACUCCCCACGUCUGCGCGGAUGGCAGAGACAGGAGGAGCAGCGUUCCGCCUCGAGGCAGCGGUCCCGGCACAGAAGCAACGGAGAGUGCGCCGAGUCUUGCUUCUGGUGCAGCGACACUCCGUCCAAAAGAUGGUUCGCCAGGUGGAAGGCUCCCCGAGCGCGGGACCGCCGCACAAAACGCAGUUUCCCGAGAACCGGCGCGCCCUUCAGCCUCGUGCCGCUCGCCGUCUUCUGAUCUCUCUUUGCUGUUUGCCGAAAGAGAGCUGCCCCAGCGGAGCGCGAAUGGCGAGAACUCGGGGGAAAUCGUCACGCCGUUCGGCGAAGGCCCCGCCCGCCUCUCUCCGUCUCUCUCUGGCCUGCCUACUGCCCUGACGCUCGGCGCCUGCACGCUGACGCAGGGCGGUUCCACAUGGGACUGCCGACCGAGCGGAGAGGACUUUCCUCUUCGCUUCGUGCCUCUGCUGCAUGCAGAGCCUGUGCGCGGCGGCGUUGAGCAGGCAGUGCCUCUGGAUCCGGGGCCGCUCGCGUGGUCCGCAUGUCCCUUCACCGUUGACCCUCUCGCCUUCUCUCUCUCGUCGACCCUCGGGGAAGGAUUCUGCAGCCCGUCUGUUGCGGAUCCCUCUCUCUCUCUCCACGUCUCUGUUGCGGCUCUCGCUGUAGCCCUGAAGUUUGCCUCUGCGAUGCCCCCCCCUUCGACCGAACGCGGCAGCGGCGGCGUCGCGCCAAAAGGCUCGUCCUCGCCUUUGCGCCCAGAAAAAGAAGCCGAGAGCGAGCGAGAGAAGGAACAGGCGCUGGUGCGUGCGUAUCUUCAAGAGACGCAGCGCAGAAGAAAAGCGCAGCUGGAGAGCGAAGAAGAAGCGAACGCCCUCAUGCCGCUAGGUGCGGUGACCGCCGCCUCGAAGAAGCAACACGACGAGCUGUUUCAAGCGUUCCACGUCGCCCACCGCGUCGCAGACAGCUGGGUAGAGCGACUGGCGAGCGGCCAGGACUGGGGGAAGAGCAUCCCGAGACAGCCGGCCGGCAGAGAGCCCGAGACACAGACAAACCCAGGCUGCUCAGCGGAUGUGACAGAAAAACGAGGAGAGGCUUCAGGUCUCGCUUCGUGCCUCGGGGGAACGCCAGACUGUGGGCAGACGGAUUCGGACGGCCUGCAGGAACCGCUGGAAACGCGUGCAACAGAUAGCGAAGGCAGGAACCAAGACAAAGGCGAGGCAGAGAGCCAGGGAGAUGCGCCGGAGAAACCCAGACUAGCGUGGGAAGCCGCACACCCAUUUCUGUCAAUGAAGCUGUCCUGCAGGCCGAGCUCGGCCGCGCGGUCAGUCCUGUAUAAGGCGCUCCGGGGCGUGGCGAAUGAUCUGGCCAAAACAGAGCAGAUUGCAAGGCACCUGAGGGAAAAAACAGAACCUUCAGCGGCCCUCGCUCCUUCGCCUUCGGUCCCGUCCCCCGGCGCCGUCUCUGGAGAGCCAGACGCGCUUCUGGAGUCUUCGGGGUCGGGUGCGACGUCUUCAGCUUCGGCUGACAGCUUGUUGGGGCAGUCGUCUUUGCGUACUGCGUCCUCGCCGGGCGGUGAGGAGAGCAAAGAGAGCACGGGCGAGAGCUGGGCGUCCGGCGUGGGCGGCGAUGGUGCGUCGUCUCUCAGUUUCUUGGAGGAGGAAGAAGAGGCAGAAGAAGCCGAGGUACAGCAGCUGGUAAGACGCACGAUGCUCCUUCGCUGUCUCCGCGAUCUCCUGGGGGAACACCGAUCUCUCUCUCUGCAGGCGAGCGCCGCCCUCGGUGUCUCUCCGGCUUCCAAAAGCGAGUCUCCUUCGACCUCUUCUUCGUCCACUGCUGGCUCGCCGUCGUCUGCGUCUUCUGUUUUCGAUGAGGAGAAGUUGCGUCAGGAGCGCAUUUUGUCUUUGCUUCUUCGGCAAGUCGAGCGACACGAAGACCGGCAGGUGCCUGCGCUGCUCCUCUCGGCCGCCACGCCGAAGCCCGUCAAGCAGCACUUGGUUCAAGUCCUUCUCGCGGAGGUAUUGGCGGAGAUUUCCGUCACGUACCACCAGGAACGACUUCACUUUCUCCACCGUCCCUUGUCCAAGCCAAUCAAAGGACUGCCUUCGGGCGAGAAAACCCCCGCGUCCCUUGCAUUUGCGAGCGCCUCCGCGUCGCUCGGGAAGGGCGGGACCCAGCCGGGGCUGCUCGGGAAUCCCCUGACCCCCUCCCAUCCUCCUGCGGACGGGUGUGCGUCUUUGCCGGUGGACCUCGCUGGGCCCUCACCCCUGAGCAUUUUGCAGUGUCUCGUUCGAGCCCAACGCGCGGAAGCUGCGACCGCGGAGGUCCAGGCGGACGUGGUUGCGGCCGGGCGCGCGGCGCUUCUGCGACUCGCCCAACUAGCGCCGAGGCUGACGGCGUGUGUCCCGCUGCUUCUGCCUUACCUGCCGCACUUGCCGAGGCUCCUUCACGUGCAAAUCCAGUUGCUUGCUCAGCAGGCGCAGCGGGGGGACCUGACGGCGAAGGCUGUGGAAGAAAAGCUCCUCAAGCACUUCAAAGACCAGGAGGCGUUCGCAUGCACACCCUUUCUCUCGACGCUUUCCCAGCAGCUCACCGAGUGCCUCUCGGCCUCGCGACCGACGCUGCCCGCUCCAGGCGUCGCCGCCUUGUCAGGCCUGGCGCCGGGCGCCGGGGUCCCCCAGGCGGUCGCGUCGGGCCUCUUGGCCCCCGGGGCGGCGCCCUUUUUGCUCGCCCAAGGCGCCGGCGGCGAGCGCGGGCUGGGCGCUGUGGGUUCUCUCGCACCGGGCCUCGCGGGCGUGAACGCGGCACGAGACGACGGCAGGGCGGCCAGCGCUCAGGGCGGACCUGGAGGGAAGCCGGCGGCUUCGGCUGCCAAGAAGCCUUCGAGGAAAGGCAUGGGGAUGAGUGGCUGGGCGCUCUUUGCGAAGGAGAAACGCGCAGAGCUCCAGCAGGAGGGGAGGCUCGAGGGCGAGACGCUGCCCGAACAGACGUCCUUCGUCGCGCGCUUCUGGCACCAGCUGAGCAAGGAGAAGAAGGCCGAGUGGGGUCGGCGGGCCGAGGAGCUGAAUCGCCAGGCAGGCCUGCGGAUGAAGAAGGAAGAGGAAAUCCGGAAGAUGAAGGAGGCAGAAGCCGAGAAGAAGCGGGCUGCCGAGGCCGCCGCGACGGCCUUGCCCGGGCCCGGCCUGGCCACGCCCCUCCGAGAGCACGCACUAAAUCUCACGUUCAACCAGGUCUUGGGGGGCGGCCUGCAUCACCCGUCCCUCGCCGCGUUCUCUGCGCCCAAGAGCGCCCUCCCUGGAGGCGUCUACGCGCAGGCAGGUGCCGACGACCGAGCCCAGCCGGCUCCGCUUUCCGCCGGGAAGGGGACCGCAGGCCCCGCGACGCGCGUGCACGCCGACGGGCCUGUCUCUUUUGGGGGGCGCGCCCCGCCGAACCCUUCGACCGGUGGGGGACUCCCCGGGGACGGCGUGUCUCAGGCAGCUGCUCAGGCUGGCGAGGCGGCCGCGCAGGUUUCUGCGGGUUUUGCGCGGAUCCCGCAGCCCCAGGGCCAUCCCUCGCCGUUCUCGGCCUCUGUCCCCGUGCCUGGGGCGACUGCGGGCGUGGCGAGGGCCCCGCAGCGGCCGCUGGAAGGACAGGGAGGCGCUCCGGGGGCCGAGUUUCCCGCGGCUGCCAAGAAGAAGAGUCGCUCUGGCGGAGGCGGGAAAAAGGGCGAAGGCGGCCAGGCCAAGGGUGGCAGAGGGUACACCGCGUUCACCUUCUUCGCGAAGGAGAUGCGGCAAAAGUGCAAGGAGGAAGGAAUCGAGUGCGGAACGUCGCUCAGCGAACAGAACACGUUCAUCGGCGAUAAGUGGCGCCAGGUGUCUCCUGAAGAGAAGAAGAUUUUCCAGCAGCGCGCAAAGGAGGCCAACGAGGCGUGGCGACGCGAGCACGAAGAGAAACUUCAGGCGCAGCAAAAGGAAGAACAUGCACGGAGACAAGAGGCAUCCGCUGACCCUGCGUUGGCGUUCUCCGCCCCGCAUGCAGGCCCGAACCCGUCCACGGGCCCCCCGCAAGCACCAGGAGCGGCGCCCUCGCCUUCGAUCCCUGCGUCUGCCGCGUAUUCUUCGUUUCCCGCCUAUUCUUCGCCGGGCCAGGCAGGCGCGUACCAACCCGCAGCGGGGCCGGGACACCAGCCCCCUGCUCAGGGCUAUCAGGGCGCGUAUCCUUCGUCUGCGUCUUCCCUUCAGGAGCGUCGAGGAGACAGAGAGAGCCUCGACGCUUUCGGCCACACGGCUUCGCACCUGACUCUCUCGCACACUGCGUCCGGUCCGGGCUCUUCUGGGCCCGCGCGUCUGCCGCCUGAGCAGGCUCGAGGCGACUCCGGCGCGCCGUCUCAGCCUUCGCCUUACCCUGCAGAGUCUCGGGCGCUCUUCUCUGCUUCGCCUUCUUCGUUUUCCGCGGCUGCAGCGGCCCCCGGCGAAGAGGAAGGCGCGAGAGGCCGGGCUAGCUCACUCGAUUCGGCGUCUCCGCCGCUGAAGAAGCGGCGAGGAGACGGCAGCGACGAGCAGCCUGUCUCGGGGCCUUUCGUCUCCUCGGUGGCCCGGGCUGGAGUGGCGGAUCCGAAAUCGGGCGCGGGCGGUGGGGUAGGGACUCCGGAGCGCGGCGAGAUGCGUGCCGGCGAGCGAGACAGGGCGCUGUCCGUUGAGAAGCCUGGAGUCGACGGGCGCGAGCGGCAGGCAGUCUACCCUGCGUCGCCGCUUCCUUCCAGUGCUAAUGUAGGCCAGACGACCUAUUCCAUGGGCAGCCGAGUGGGGCCCCAGAGAGUGGAAGUGCGUGGAGUGGCGAGCGCCAUGAUGACUCCGGAGGCGCAGUGGAGACGCGAAGACGAGGCCUUCAGCCACAACCAGGUGCCUUCUGUGCCGUUCACGCCUCCGCCGUCGUCCAUGCCGUCCUUCUCACCGAAAGCCCCGCCUUCGCCCUUUGCGUCGGAACCGACUUUCGGCCCAAGGAAACAGGGGCUCCCCGUGGCCCAUCCAGCUCUCGCGUCGCUGGCCUACCCGCCAGAAGAGGUGAUGUACCAACUCAAGUUCGACUCGCCAUUCGACGGCGAAGAAGGCCGCAGAGACGAAGACCGAGAGGAAGAGCGGGGGCGCAGCGCGUACGCUGCCGGGGACCGAGCGAUGCAAGACAGAGUGGACUACUUCGUCUCCGAGCAAGUUCACAGUGCGCCUCUGCCUUCUCGGCGAAGCGCACGCGCCGCUUCCCGCGGGGCACUCGAGAGACGCAGCCCUUCAGAACGGGCGGAAGAGACAGCGAGAAGGACGAGCGAGGACGCAGCGUCGGAUGGAGACAGCGAUGCGGAAAGCGCAGAGGAGCGCGAGGGCGAGAGCAGCGGCGAAGGCGCCGAGCCGAGAAAGGGCCCUCGGAGCGUGGCUGGGCGCGGAAAGCGCAGGGAACAUCCGCGGACGCGCACGAGAGCUCGCGACCGCGAGGGACAGGACGAGGCCUCGGAGACUCCCCAGCUCGUGACGCGAUGUCGACUCGGUGCGAGCGGCCGGAACGCGCGGCAGUCCGACGAGGCGGCACCGGAUGAAGGCGAUGUCGACGAAGGCGAGGCAGAAGAACAGGACGAAGAGUGGGAAGAAAGUGGAGACUACACCAGCGACGAGGAGUUCGUUCCGGCCUCGCGCAGCCACUCUACAUCCGCGAGGAAAGGACUGACUCGGAAAGCGUCGCUUUCUUCGUCUUUUCAGCGGAGGGGCGAAGACCGGGCCGCUCAGGGCGCUCCCGGAAGGGGCCAGAGGCGACCGGGUGCGGUCACAGGAACAGCGGGGGAGCCGAAGGGAAGCGGGGACGAGGAGACAGGAGAAGUAGGGCGCGCGAGAAACACGCAUGCCAACAGGAAAAAGAGAGACUGCCCGACGCAGAGCUCCAGAGCGCGUGCCCGGAGACGAAGAGAAGACGGAAAAGAACUGCUGCAGCUCUCGCUUCCUGCCUCCAUCGUUGAAAAAGAAGGGCCGCUGACGCUCUGGGAUCUCAUUCAGCGAAAUAAACGGAGGCCGCCCAGCUCCGCUAGAGGCGGCCAAGACGCUGGGGCGAAAGCGAAGGCCGGAGCAAGUGGCAAGCACGGGGGCAGAGAGGAGCAGAAAGAAGAAGCAGACGAGUCUUUCGAUUCGGUUCUCGGCUCUCUCUUCUCGGCGCCCCCCGCCUUUGGGCCAGCGAGUCUGAACAGCGGCGCGGACCAGGCUCUGCAGCCGCUGCUGGCGCCGGCGUCUCCCGCGGGGGACAGGAAGGGGCGAGAAGAAGACGAAGGAACCGCGGAGAAAGACCUCAGCGCGCUCUUCGACACACCGGGGCAAGGGUCGGCGCCAGCGCUCAGACUCGACGCCGACGGGCAGCUGGUCAUGGCCGAAGGCGGCGAGGAACUCGAGCCGCCCGUUUGCACGUGUGGGGCAAGCUUGGGUUUGUUCGAUGGUCUCGGCCAGGCGGCGCCGUGCGUCUGUCUUUUCAACGGGCGAAGGCGCCUGGUGGAAGAGGGUGGCCCGGGGGGCGUGAACGGUCUGUCGCUGCAGCCGUACGCAGGGGCGUACAAGAGCACAAAAGGCAAAAGGUGGACACCCGAAGAAACGCAGAGGUUCUACGCCGCACUCGAACAGUACGGAACAGAUCUGCUCCUGGUCGGCACGCUGCUGCCGCACGUGACAGACAAGCAGUUGAAGCUCAAGCUGAAAAUUGAGGAGCGGCGAUGUCCGGAAAAAAUGCACGGCAAGAUCAACACGGCGCUCCACUACCGACGCGCUCUCGGAUCUUCUUCGUCCGACGAUAGCGACGGAGAGAGCGAGAGCCCACGGAACCAAAUCGUGGACUCGCCUGCCUUUCCUCAGCCCGCGCUACCCUCUGCACCUGCUCAAGGCUCAUCCUUCCCUGCCCUCUUGUCGAUUUUGGCGGGCGCGUCGGUAGACGCACCCGCACCCGCCGAAAACGCCGACGUCGAUCCUUCUCUCUUUGCGCUUCCUCUCGAUGGAGGAACGACAGGAGACGAUCUCCUCGCUCUCUUUGGGUGA